ACGGAAGUCCCGCCCUCCAAUUUGCAGACGGUGGCCAGGACCGGUCAAUCCGUGGCAGGCACUUUCGCAGUGAGUUUCCCUGUGUGGUUGGUGGACCUGCAGGGCGACAGUGCAGCACGCACAGUCCGCACCGCGCUCCCACGUGGGCUGAUCCCCGGGUCGCACGUCACGUGGCUCCCCGCGUGACCCCUGCAAGAAUGGCAGCCCCGUCCAUGAAGGAAAGGCAGGCGUGCUGGGGCGCGCGCGACCUGUACUGGCGCUGCCUCGACGACAACGCAGAGGACGCGGCCCGGUGCCAGAAGCUGAGGAGCUCGUUCGAGGCCAGCUGCCCCCAGCAGUGGAUAAAAUAUUUUGACAAAAGAAGAGACUACUUAAAAUUUAAGGAAAAAUUUGAAGCAGGAGAGUUCCAGUCUUCACCGUCGACUGAAAAUUCCUAGCCCUCUUUCUGGACUUUCACACAAGUGGUAAUUAUUCCUCUGGACUUUCAGAAAUGAUUCCCGGGCUUGAAUCACACAGUGCACGUCAUGUUCUCUAUAAACAAGUUACUAAAAUGGUGGAAAAAAGCAUAAGAUCUCAUCAUUCAAACUAUGAAGGACUGCUUUAAUUUAGUGAGGGAUCCAUUUUAAGAAAAAGCAUAAAAUUAUUAUAUAAAAAGUUUAUUAUAAAAAAUACAUUGUUCAUCUUCCUUUCCCCCUUUGGAAUAAAAGCUGAAUAGUAAGCGAAUAUAGUUGCACAUCAAGAAAAUAUAAACUAAGAUAGGUUAUUAUGUGUGCUUCUGGCAGUUAGCAUCAGAAAUCACACAGUGAAGUUGGAAGAAGCCUUAAACUAAUAGAGGGGUUAUAAUAAAACAUUGUUUUCAGAUGUGAUCAAACAAUACCUGGAUUGUUACCUAGUUCAGUAAGACAAAGGAGAAAUAAAUAUGUAGAUUGGGAAGGGAAAACUGGGUCUACUCCAGGAUGGUUAAGAAAACGCCUAAGGAUGGGCUCCUGAAAGUGUAACAGUAACACACAAAUGUGGAGACAAUACUCACAAAUCACUGAUUUCCUGAAGAAUUUGAAUUGCAAAAAUUAAAAAAACCCUCAUGGUUCUUAAUAAGAAAAUUCCUGUUUAAAAAGUGGUCAAAUUGUGUGAUGUACAUUUCUCAAAAUUCGACAAAAGACAAAUAUCUUAAAAGAUCCUCCUUAUCAUUCAAUAUCAGAAUGGAAAUUAAUGCCAUACUGAUACGUCACAAGAUACCUGUUAGAAUGGCUUAAAUUAAAAUCUGACAAUACCAAAUGAUGACAAGGAUGCAGAACAAGUCACUCUUGGUGAUACUGUAAACUGGGAAAGCCCUCUGCAGAGGUUUUCUGUCAAACAUGCUGACCUUUGACCCACCAGCCCCACUCCUAGGUACCCUCAACCAAAUGAACUGGAAGGAAAAGCUGCAGCAUCACUUAGUCACGUAAAACCGGAUCCCCGUGGCAGGAGAAGGUAUCCCCAGCGAUGGAUGGAAAACUGACAACACAAGCAGACACCUGCAUGAGCUGGGAAUGCUCUGGGCUUCCUGUUAGGAGCCAGUCCUAUAAUGUCAGUCAUCUCAUCACUGGAGCGGCUUCUGGCUGAAGUGGGGUAGAGAUGAAGUGGUGGCCUGUCAUGAAACACUGUUGUAGAUCAAAGCCUCAGGAGAGAAUGAACAGGCAGUGGACUCUGAAAUUGGAGUAUUCCUGUAAGGGUUCCAGGGACAGCAAUUCCUUGCAGGAUGAUAAGGAUUACCAUUAAAUGCAGCUGUCUGAACAGGAAGCCUGCUUGGGUUAGCUCUUGGCUUCAGUAGGGAUUCACAGGAGUGGCUCGAUGAUUACAGUCCUCAGAGACAGAAUUCCAACCACCAUCAGAGCACAGUCGUAUAGGGCAAAUCUCACGUAAACCUAAUGAACAAUGUGGGCUCAAUUCAUGGCUUUGGCGAUGAAGCCUAGGACCCUCGGAUAAAGAACAUCAUUGGAGCUGAUUCACAUCUUGCCUUAAGUGUUCCCUCUCUCAGCAGGAAUACACAGGUACCUACCUAACAGCAGGGAGAGAGGCUGCUGGCUCUCAAAACCUUCCCUCUGCCUCAGCUGCUGCUUCAAAACAGAAGGACAUAGGUGCUCAUAAACAACAAAGUUAGUUAUGCCAGCCUAACAAUACUGGUUUCUAGGAAGAACAUACCUUAAAAAUUCCUUUUUAAAAAACUCCAUAAAUGUUUAAAAUACUUUUAAAAUGUUAGCUAAAAAGGGGACAAUAUAUAGUGAUAUACUUUAAGGCACAUGAAAAGGUUUUGGCAUUGAGGUGCAAGGUUAGAGACAUGAAGGUAACCCCAGGACCUCUCAGAAUAUUUCGUUAGUCCAGAUGGUUGUAAGUCACCAUCCAUAGCACCAAGAGAGAUCGAGGGUGAGGCCCAGCCUUCAUGACGGUGGCCCUGCACACCCGAGCAGCUGCUGUCUGGUGUACUCCCAGAUCAGCAGAGCCCCGCUCACGUGCACAUUUAGUGAGCGGAUGAUGCCCUGCUGAGGAAUCUCCACACACACAUCCAGCUGCUGGAUCAGGUUGACUGGGAUUCCUUCCCGCUCGUUUCUGAAGAAGAAAAAUAGUUAAGACAACUUAGUUUCCCUGUAAUACAGGGAAGUACCUUUUACUAUUUUUUUUUUUUUUUUAGGAGUCCUGAAUGUUACUAUUGGAGACAGAUAAACAAGUGAAGCCAACCUGGGUUCCAGUAAGUAAGGGGAUGACAAAGACAGGCUAAUGUCAUGUUUACUAGUAAACAGCCAGGUGAGAAAAGGAAAACCAGGGGAUCCCCAUAAGUGUUAUAAGCUCACCAGAAGCUGUGUGACAGGAACCUGGGUACAUCAUGAAACAGCCUAAAGAAACAUGAACCAGGGAAUCGGCUUACCCCAACAGCAGCAGUGACUUCUCAGGGAAGCGGUAUUGGGCCAAGUCUGAGCUUUGUGCUGUCUGCUCCACACCAAUGACAGUGUAGCCUUCCGCCUUUUUCUGCUGCAGAUAAUCCAUUAGCUGGGAUGGCCUGACCUUCAGGGCAGUUUUAAGAGCAGAAUAUGAAAUCAUUCCAUUGUGAAAUGAGAAAGCAGACAGAGCAUUAAAACUCAAACCGGACCUGUCAAAAGGACUUUGAAUGAAAAGCAGGACACCAGACGGCAUCAGGAAGAUUCCCCCUCCACAGUACAGACUGCUGAGGGGUAGCUAAGGGAACUACCACACCACUGCAGGUCACAGACCAAACCUCAUGGAACUCAGGACUAAAGGAUUACACUGAGAAACUGGCACAAAGACACCGUGCUGAAACAUUUUCACAAAUACAGAGUCUAAUAAGCGACUUCCCACCUACCUCCACCAGAGGAAGCCACUGCUCUGCAGAGACACUGAGGUGCUGGAACUGUCUGUCACUGACACACUGAAGACUACCGACGACAAGUACGGCAGCCCCGAACACCUCACAGGUCCUGCACAGCCCUAAAGAGAAUGGCCCGUUACAAAGACUGUUUGUUUCUAGCAUGUCACAGUGUUCACGGUGUCCAGCCUUUCCUCUGAGGACUGUGUGUGGAACAGACAGCCACAGAGGGUAAAGGCCUUACCUCCUAGGUUGGUUGGCUUGUCGAUGAGGGAGGCCACAACGAUCAGUCUGCUAAUGGAUUUUCCCAGCUUGGCAGCCCGGUCCUGAAACUCAAGCUCCAGGUCUGAAUCCAGAGCACUGUGUCCCCACGGGAUGAUUUUUUUCUGGACAUCAGCCCACUCUGAUUGGCUAUCUGCUUCACCCAGAGUAGAACCUGAGAAGAAAUAAUAGUGCCUCUAGGUAACUGCCCAAGUCAAUUCUCUUUGCAUCUUCAGAUGUAUUUUUAAAUAUUCUUUUCUUGUUAACACAUGUAUACAGCCUGAUUGUAUGUAUAUGCACCACGUGCAUGCAGUGCCCUGGAAGACCAGAAGAGGACAUUGAAUACCCUGGAGCUGGGGUUACGGGUGGUUGGGAGCCACCUCAUGUGGAUGCUAAGAAUGCAACCGGUUAGCUGCAGUCUGUACUCAACGUCAUGUCCUCACAAGGGUCUCUCAGCCCUUGGUGCACUCUCCACUGGGCUGGAUUUACUGGGGUUUUGCUGCCACUGUAUAUCUGUGUGCAACUGUCUGCUGUUAAAGAACACAAGCCGUGAGAGGGAACUUGUCCAUGUCUAGCACAUAGGAUACCCACAGUGAAUCCCCAUCGAAUAGAUGAAUAGAUUCAAGGUGAUCUGUCCAAAGACUGAACCAUCUCUGCUUUUCAUAGAACUGUACCCAGACAAAAUAAACUAAACCAUGAAGUGGGACUG